AUGAAUAUCACUGUAACUGUUUAUGAUAAAAACGUCAAGCACAAAUUAGAAGAAAAUAAAGCCAAUGACAAGAGAACAAGCAACAAUGAUCUGCCAACAUACAAUAAUGAAUCUAAGGGCGCUGACGGAAGUGAUUGUGCCAUGUUUCCGACUAACAUAAAGUGCUUAUUUGAAGAUAGUGAAGGGGACCCUGCAGACCUAAGCGGUACUGCUUUAACAGCAGGGAUAGAUAAGGAGGAGGAUGAACCAGAGAAUGUCAUUAUUGUUCAGUUAAACGAAUCAGGAUCUCUGGAAGAUGUCACGCUGGUCAGUGAUCAAUACGAACUUCUAUCUCACAGAGUAAGCAGCCCUGGAUUGGAGGAGAAUCAGUUAAGAACGCUUGUAUCGCAUAAUAGUGACGAUAAACUAAAUGAUGAUGGGGAAGGCGUUAGUAUUGACAGCGAUAAACUAGGAAUGGACUUGGAUUUAGAACUUGACGUAAUUUCACAGUUCUGUGACCUAUCUCCUUCUGUUCGAGAGUUAAGCUUAAAUGACUUGAUUAAACUCUACGUCACACAAAAUGAACAAUUACAAAUGGUUUCCAACUCUAUAUGA